AUGCAGAUCUUCGUGAAGACAUUGACUGGCAAAACUAUCACUUUAGAGGUUGAGCCGUCUGACACUAUUGAGAAUGUUAAAGCUAAAAUUCAAGAUAAGGAAGGAAUCCCGCCAGAUCAGCAGCGUUUAAUUUUUGCUGGAAAGCAAUUGGAGGAUGGCCGUACUCUUUCGGAUUAUAACAUACAGAAAGAGUCAACUUUGCAUUUAGUCCUGCGUUUGCGUGGGGGCAUGCAGAUCUUUGUAAAAACUUUGACAGGUAAAACCAUCACUUUAGAAGUAGAACCCUCGGAUACUAUUGAGAACGUUAAAGCAAAAAUUCAAGACAAAGAAGGCAUUCCUCCAGAUCACCGCGCGCAAAUGGCCGAUAAACAGCCGGAAGAUGGCCGCACCUUGUCAGACUAA